AUGGAAGAAGUUGGUCAUGGAGCUAGCGCCGUUGUUUAUCGUGCGAUCUAUCUUCCGACUAAUCAAGUCGUCGCUAUCAAGUGCUUGGAUCUCGAUCGAUGCAAUAGCAAUCUGGAUGAUAUUAGGAGGGAAGCUCAGACUAUGAGUUUGAUUGACCAUCCAAACGUUAUAAGGUCGUUUUGUUCAUUUUCUGUCGACCAUAGCCUUUGGGUAAUCAUGCCAUUUAUGGCACAAGGUUCGUGUUUGCAUCUUAUGAAGACUGCGUAUUCAGAUGGAUUCGAAGAGUCGGCUAUAUGUUGUGUACUGAAAGAAACUCUUAAAGCUCUUGAUUAUCUUCAUAAACAAGGUCAUAUCCAUCGGGAUGUUAAGGCUGGAAACAUACUUCUUGAUGACAAUGGGGAGAUUAAGCUUGGAGAUUUUGGCGUCUCUGCUUGCUUGUUUGACAACGGUGAUAGGCAACGUGCAAGAAACACAUUUGUUGGUACUCCUUGCUGGAUGGCACCGGAAGUCUUGCAGCCGGGAAAUGGAUACAAUUCCAAGGCUGAUAUCUGGUCGUUUGGUAUAACAGCACUUGAAUUGGCGCAUGGUCAUGCACCUUUUUCAAAAUAUCCCCCCAUGAAGGUGCUCCUAAUGACUAUUCAAAACGCACCUCCCGGCCUUGAUUAUGAUCGUGAUAAGAAAUUUUCUAAGUCCUUUAAAGAAAUGGUUGCAAUGUGUUUGGUGAAAGAUCAAACAAAAAGGCCAACUGCUGAAAAAUUGUUGAAACACUCAUGUUUCAAAAACACGAAGCCUCCUGAGAUUUCUGUGAAAACGUUAUUUGCUGAUUUACCACCUCUUUGGGCACGUGUAAAAUCUCUUCAGGCCAAGGAUGCUGCACAGCUUGCUCUAAAGAGAAUGGCCACCGCGGACGAGGAAGCUAUAUCACAGAGUGAAUACCAAAGAGGAGUGAGUGCUUGGAAUUUUGACAUCAAAGACUUGAAAACACAAGCAUCUUUGAUACUUGAUGACGAUGAUCUAGCAGAGAGUAAGGAAGAUGAAGAAAUAUUCAGUGCACAGUUUCAUAAUAAGGUGAAUGACAGAGGGCAAGUAUUUGAUAGUCUGCCACUAUGUGAGAACAUGAACGGAAUGGAAAAGGUUUCCAAUACUGUGAUGGAAGAACCAACCGAGAAGAAACUCACUUUCAUUACAACUGCUUCUAAUGUGGAACAAAUGACAUCAAAUUCAGAGCAUCACAUCCCCGAGGCCAAGGUUAAGCCAGCAAGACACCAAAGUCAUAGUGGACCACUUACAAGCAGGACCGUUUUGAGCCACUCGGCUUCAGAGAAAGGUCGUAUCUUUGAAAGACCUGAGAGUGAACAUCAGAAGACACCGCCAGUCCGAAGAGCACCCAGCUUUAGUGGUCCUUUGAAUCUCCCAACCCGUGCUUCUUCAAACAGUUUGUCAGCUCCUAUUAAAUACUCAGGAGGAUUCCGUGAUUCUCUGGAUGAAAAGUCAAAGGCUAACCUGGUUCAGAAAGGACGAUUUUCAGUAACAUCAGGAAAUCUAGAUCUUGGAAAGGAUGUUCCAUCAAGUUUCGUCCCUCGUCGAUCUCCACCGGCUUCCACUCUGAGAAAAUCUGCGAGUGUUGGUAACUGGGAACUUGAGCCUAGAAUGCCAACAGUUCAGCCUCAGACCAUUAAUGAGUUAAGUAGCCAACCUAUGUCUCCCUCACAGAUCAUGCCUCAACUUCAGCAUCUAUUUCAGCAAACCUCAAUACAACAGGAUCUUAUUAUGAGUUUACUGAAUAGCGUACAACCUGUAGAGACGACAGAUGGUUCUCAAUCUGGAAAGUUACCACCUUUGCCUCGACCAGACAGUAAUGGAACCGUUGAACCUGUGGCUUCUGAGAGGGAGAGGUUACUACUUAGCAGUAUCUCUGACCUCCGCGCUAGGCUGAACGACUUAACAGAGGAACUCAAUACAGAGAAAUCAAAAUACAACCAAGUAACUACAACAAAAAUUGAAAGCAUUCACAGGUCGGGAACAAGUGUAAGGAGGAAGGGAAAGGCGACCGCGGAUACACUGAGCUGCACAGAACCUGUAGGAGAUAAAGAGUGA